UGUAAACAUUGAAAAUGGCGGAAAUUGUACAUGAAUGUCACUUUAACUAGAAUCGUCCGAAAUAUAAUUAAAUCAACAUGAUUAGACUUAUUUUAUUCAUUUCAAUAUUGUUUUCGUUUGUAGUGACAGACUUUCCAUUCAGGAAUGUAUCUUUGCCGUUUGAUCAGAGGGUGGAUGACGUAGUUUCUCGACUUACAAUUAAGGAAAUUAUCGAGCAGAUGUCUCGGGGAGGUGGUGGGGGUGAUGGGGGUCCUGUCUUGCCCAUAGAAAGACUCGGUAUUGGGAAGUAUUGGUGGUCGACUGAAUGUGUACAUGGAGAUGCUGUAGCCAACACAACGGCUUUCCCGCAGUCGAUCGGGUUGUCUGCCAUGUUUAACCCCAGUCUUUUGAAUGAAGUUGCUAGUGCAAUAUCCAUAGAAGUACGGGCAAAAAACAAUGACUACGUAAAAAGAGGUAUCUUCACAUCACACACAGGACUAAGCUGUUUCAGCCCAGUUAUCAACAUAAUGAGGCAUCCAUUAUGGGGUCGAAAUCAGGAAACAUAUGGAGAGGAUCCUUACAUGUCAGGAAUUUUGGCGCGUGCAUUUGUUACAGGUCUUAUAGGUGAUAAUAAGCGUUAUUACAGAGCCAAUGCAGUUUGCAAACAUUUCGAUGCAUACAAUGGCCCUGAAGAUCUUCCACAGUCGAGGCUUAGUUUUAAUGCUCAGGUUGCGGACAGAGAUCUGUUUUCCACAUUUCUACCCCAGUUUAAAGACUGUAUUGACAGUGGAGCCCUUGGGGUGAUGUGCAGCUAUAACAGUUUGAAUGGGAUCCCAGCUUGCGCUAACAAAAGACUUCUGACCGACAUUUUACGGAAAAAUUGGAACUUUACAGGAUUUGUCAUCAGUGAUUCAGGAGCUCUCGAAUUUAUCAUCUUGAACCAUAGAUAUACUUUAAACAUUGAGGAUGCGGCAGUUAUGUCAGUUACAGCAGGUGUUAAUCUUGAACUGCACGCAGGACAGCUUGAAAGAGGCGUUUUUGAUUGGCUGAAUGAAGCUGUUUCUGAUGGAAAAGUUUCUGAGGACCUGCUAAGAGAGAGGGUCAAGCCGUUAUUCUACACCAGAAUGAGGCUGGGCGAGUUUGACCCGCCCUCCUUGAAUCCAUAUCUAAAAAUAGAUCUAUCAGUCAUACAAAGUCCCGCCCACAGAGAACUAGCUACAAAAGCAGCCAUGCAAUCAUUUGUUCUUCUGAAGAAUGAAGGUCUCUUACCUUUGAGGAAAACAGUUGAUACACUAGCUAUCGUAGGUCCAUUUGCGGACAACCCAGUGCAACAGACGGGUAACUAUGCCCCCGGGCUAGAUCCCCUUUACACGAGCACGGUGAAAUCAGGCCUGAAAGGAUUGGGGAAGAACGUGGUUGUUGAAACAGGGUGCAAGGAUAGUACGCUAUGUCUUCACUAUGAAGGCCAGAAAGUGCAGGAUGCUGUUAGAAACGCCGAUUUGGUUGUCGUCUGCUUAGGAACAGGCAUUGCCAUAGAAACGGAAGAUUUUGACAGGAAUAACAUGCUUCUCCCGGGAUACCAGUUGCGACUCCUUCAAGAUGCAGUCAACUUUGCUCAUGGGAAGGUCAUCUUGCUCCUAUUCAGUGCGGGGCCGCUCGAUAUCCGAUGGGCAGCCCAUAAUCCAGGCGUAUGGGCAAUUAUUCACUGUUUCUUUCCUGCUCAGGCGACAGGGGUGGCUUUGUAUAAUGUCCUUAUUAACAAAACCCCCGAUGGAAACCCAGCUGGUCGACUACCGUUUACAUGGUACAGCUCUGAUGAACAGGUACCAUCAAUGGUUGAUUACAGCAUGAAAAACAAGACUUACCGAUAUUUUGACGGCGAUCCUCUGUACCCAUUUGGUUACGGAUUGUCGUACACCAAGUUCCGCUACAGUAAUCUCAGCUUGACACCUAUGCGAGUGAAAGCAGGAAGUAAUGUGACUGCAACUUUUGACAUUACAAAUGUUGGACCGAUUUCAGGAUUAGAGGUGUUUCAAGUAUACAUUUCUUGGAUGAAUGCCACUGUUCCGACGCCCAAAUACCAGCUAGUCAACUUCAAUCGAACAACAUUAGCUGUUGGACAAACAAAGACAUUAUCAGCAGAAAUAACCAACCGCCAGAUGGAGGUGUAUAUAGAUGGGAAAGGCUUUGUUAUAGAACCGGGUGAAAUAGCGGUGUAUGUUGGUGGCCAACUUCCUGAGCAGAAAACGAAAGUUCCUUCCAAUGUCCUCAGAUCUGUAUUUACAAUUUAUCGAUGACCGUAUUGACAUUCUGUGCACUUCUGAAUCAUUCCUUACGCAGUUUGCAGCUGAUGACUAUCGUAUCUGAUUAUAAAAUUAUUUUAUUCUUAUUUAUAUGUCACAAAGUACAAAUAACAUGCUUAUUCUUUCGGUAUGGUUAAGCGAACACACACUCACGCACGCACGAAUGCACGCACGUUGAUGGAUGUACGCGAAUCUCUCUCUCACGCACACUCCUGAACGUAUUAACGUAUUUUAUUUUUGAUAUUGUGUUGUUUUUGUCCAUCAUGUUUAUGGAAAUAAAAACAUAAUAACGAUGAUUUCUGUAGUUCAAAUAAAGAUGUAAAAGUGAA